AAAAAGAGCGGGCAACAUUGAGCAAAUAUGCCGGAGAAAAAAAAUUAAAAGAACUAUGCGAGAAAUUAGAGAAAGCCAUUCGUGAUCUAGAACGCAGAUGGAUGUUUGACUGUUGUUUUGGAACUAGAGGGUUACCAAAGCACAACAACAAACAUAAAGGAAAACAUGUUGCCAGAUGUUUAGUUGGAAGGACCAAAUCCAACUAA